UUUUUCAAAUAGAUGAACUUUUUUUCUAGAAUCGAUGACUAUUCAAAAUCGAUGAACCUUUUAAAAAAAAUUGAUGAACAUUUUUUUAAAUUGAAUUAAACUUUCCCCAAAGUCGAUGAAUUUGUUUUCGAAAUUAGUGAACUUAUUUUCAAAUUGGAUGAACGUUUUUAUAUUCGAUGAACUAUUUUUUUCAAUUAACAUUUUUCAUAACCUAUGAACUUUCUUCACAUCUAAAAGUGGAUGAACUAUUUUCUAAAUAGCUUAAAUUUAUUUUUCAGAAUAUAUGAACUUUUUUUGAAAGUUUUGAACCUUUUUAAAAUUGAUGAACUUUUUUCAAACGUACUAAAGUCCAAAUAAAGAGGCAGCGGACUUUCCCCUUUCCGACUUCUUCGGGAGCAGCUCGACUAGCGUUGCACCAGCACCUGCUCCUGCACCGGCUCCCGCACCAGCUCCUGCACCGGCUCCCACACCAGCUACUGCACCGGCUCCCGCACCUGCUCAUAGCAACUCGUCCUUCGUCUCGGACAUGCUCGGCAAUGCUUCAUCUUUGGCUGAGCUCGACGCCCUCACGGCCGACCUAACCCCGUGCACCAUAUUGUACACCAUCAGCGGCCAGAAGUUUGACAUGGGGAAGGCGACGAUAGUGAAGCCGAAGGAACAACUGUUCCACAGCCGGCCGAUCCCCCUGACGUCUUCAAGGUUUCUGUGGCCAGUGUCAAACCGGGCCACGAGAAUUUGGCUCCUCCGAUACUAGGGGAGAUGACGACGAGACCCCGCGGCGGCUUGGCGAUUGCAAGAGGUGGGUCCUGUUGUGGCCAAAGAGUCUGCUUCGUCUGGAGGCGGCCGGGAGCAUGAGUAGGCCUGUUGCCGGGAUGUCCCAUUAAAAAGGCAGGUCCCAUAUUUGAAAUACAAAAAUAAGAUCAGAUAGCGCUCAAGAGGUUUUUCUCCAUACGAGAAAUCCUUCACUCGCAGGGAAUUCAAAUAGAUGUGUUGAAGAUCAUCAAAGAAAGGAGAAGACUAAGCAGCUCAAUAGGGUCUCGAGUACGACUAUAGUACCACCCACAACCACGCAACCUCAGCAAGGUAUGAACAUCAACACCCCACCUACCCAAUUAGCGUCGCCUGUCGUGUCGGGUGAUAGCGGACGGGGUGAGGAAGAGGCUUCAUUAGUCGCUGAUGACGUCGCCGCCGUCGAAGAAGCAAUGCAUGAUAUCGAUGCCAUCGAAUAGGAUGAGGAUGACGAUGACACUCUACAGUAUCUAAAUACUGGCGCCUAUGACGAUGGAGGAUUGAUGGCUCAGCAGUAUGAGUACUCAGGGUUUGAGCGUCAUGAGUCGGUGCCUGAAUUGCCGGAGGAUGAACGUAUUAUAUAUAAUCUUCCAGUAGCAAAGAAGCAUAGGAAGGGACCGAGGAAAGGCAACAAAGUUGCUUCUAUGAUCCAGCCGCCUCAGCAGCCUCGGGUUCAAGAUCGUAUAGCUAUCCUCGGUGCGGCAAAAUGCCAUAUCCCCGGUCAUCCGAUCCUACCUAAGGCAGCGGUAGAGGCCAUAUAUGGUGAUCUAAGGAGACUUCAUGAUGAUGUGCUGCGGAGAGAGAAAAGCCUAAUCGCCUCAGAAAAUCCAGGAUACCCAUUGUACGUGGUUAACGUGCCACGGCAAAGGUUUUACGUCGACAUAUUCCCCGCGGAAAAUUUCUUCCUUCGAUUCGAUUACAUCUUCGACACAUUUCACUUGAAAAAGCUGGAUUUUACGUUUGUCCGCCUUUUUGCCUUGUACAUGAACUACAUUAUCGGGAUUGAGCAGAUACCUUAUAUCUGUGUCGCUGACCCGUACUUCAUGCACGAGGGCUUCUUGGCAGUCUGCCCAGAGCACCGUGAGGGACUACAUCGCGAUUUCAUGGUCGCCAAUAAGGACAAGGAGACGAUUCUCGUGCCUUAUCAUCCCAUCCACGGGAGCGCCGUCCUCAUCAUCCUUUACCCCCGAUUCUCCCACGCUCUUUGCUUGGAUUCGUCGAAGAACAUGAACAAAAGGAUUACACCCACAUCAAGUUUGUUCUUGACAGUGCUAUCUUUAUCUACGGCGUACGGGGUGGAGAGAUCAAGACCAGGAAGACAAGGAACCGCAGGUCCGCCUUCGGCCAUAAUACCGACUUCUGCUGCAUCCAGCAACCGAGUGGUACUCUUAGUGAUGGAUUCUAUGUCCUACACCACAUGCUGGAGUACAGACAGGAUUAGCAGAACCUUCGCAUGUCACCUACAUCCGGUGAUGCCCAUAUUCUGCAAUGGGUAAAGAACCUAGGAGAUAUCCUGGAUCAUCAACUUCGAGCUGAGUUCUAUCACAUCCAAUGUGAACUUGCCAAAAUCAUCAUGAAGGAGGUCCUCGAAAAAACAGGGAUGUUUUACGAAAAAGGGCAAAUGCCGCCGGAAGACGUCCGAACACGCGUAGCCGCUCAGCGUCUCGACCUGAAGCCUUUCACUAAGCUCGGGGACUAUCUACCUGACUUGGAUGGAUGGCACGACAUGUUGGAGUGAUUGACGAUAUAUGACAAUGUGUCCAUUUAGUCCAUACUUUCUGUAUCACAAAACUUUGAGUUAUGCACGAUGAAACUUUAUUUGUGAUGUAAUUAAACCGUCCUCCUCAGCUAGCAAAGAUCACUCUAGUUAGGGCAUUUUGGGUACGAUGAACUUUGUUAUUUAUGCUUAUGAUAUGUUGCUUCCAUUUUUGCCAAGUUUGUCUCUUUCUGUUGCCCAACUAUAUAUCUUUCAUAUCAUCGACUCAUGUGACGAUGUAGGUGCAUAGAUCAUCGAUGGCGAAGAAGUGCUACGCCAGGAGUAUACGACGAGUGGCCGGAGUGUCAGGCCCAGGUGUACCGGUUUCCGAGCGACAGGCAGUAGUUAGUUUAGAAAAUAGAAAACACCCUUAAAAAAAGAAAAUAGGAAACACCGAAGCAACGAGAUUAAUUGCGUGUCGCCAGGAAUAGACCCGCCCUUGGAUUUCAUUCGCUCGGUGGCCUCCGAGAUGAAGAACUCCAGCAGCCUCAUGUCGAGGUGACCUCCACCGGCUCCUGCGACGCCACCACCUCUACGGCAACAUCUCCAUUCAUCGCCGUCGUCAUCUAUCUGGCCUCUCCGACCUCUUUAAACGUGCUCAUGAUGGGCACGCGGCUGUGUCUCUCUCCUUCCUCUCCUCCCUGUGCCCCGUAAUCUCCUGCAGGAGCUCACAGUCGCCAUGCGCCGCCGCUUGCCGUCGCCGUACGACGCCAUGGGCGGUCCUCUCGGUCCGGCCCGAGCUUUACCACCGGCGGUCCGGUCCAUGGAAAGCGGACCGCGGGACUGCUCGGUCCGGUCCGGUCCGGUCCGCCGGCGGCCGGUCCAGACGGCGGCUCGGUCAGGGCCCGGACCGGCCCGGACCGUGUCCACCCUGAAGUUUGAGUUGGCUUGGUCGGGGUUUUCGCCUGAUUGUCCCUUAAUAAAUCAAGCAAUUGUGUGGUUUUUGGACUAGUUUUUUUAUAAAUCGGAUCAACUCUAUUCCUUUUAUGAAAUUACAGGAGCACCCUGCCCUUAAGAAAGUUCCCUAAAAAAAUACAAAUGUAUGGUAGUUACUUAUCAGAUAUUACACAGCCUUCGUUCACCUCAUGCGCCAGUGACGCAACGGGUGGAAUGUAGUAACUCAAAAUAUUUUACACCGUGUUGUCAGACAAUGGCGAACCCGGCCGGCCGGCCGGCCAAAUUUUGUUAUCUAAAAGGAAAUGACGUGUAAGGGUGUUACUCACACCAUUAGGUUAGUGGACGCAACGACCAUCAUCAUUUCUAUAUGAUUAUAGUUGGUGAGUUGGGGCUCAACUUGCUCUACAUCUAACACCCUUACACCCUUAAUCUGGCUGGAGCAAAAUCUACGCUCUGCCAUCAACGUUGACGCUGCAGGCUAGGGCAUGCAGCCUGGGGUUGUUGUCGUCGUCGAUCUUCCUCAAAGCACAUGAGCGCCAGAUCUCAUCGAUCACUGCUCAGCGGGCGCCUGGUUCUACAGGAUUAGUUACAUAUCUUGCUUCCGCUGCGGACGCGCUGCCAUCUGGUUAAAACGAAGGGAGAAAACGACCCAGUCAAUUCCUGAAGACAGGAUGCUGCUGUCUCUGAGUAGGAAUCCUACCCGGUCAAACUCAGCAGGGGGUAAGGACCACUACGCUCUAGCAUCGAAGCGUUGACGCUGCAGCCUGGGGUCAUCGUCGUCUUCCUCAAAACUCAGGCAGGCCGCGGCGAUCCAAAGCUCGCCGAUCUCUGCUGUCUGCUCACUGGCCGGCAGGUGUUGCACCGGGUGUUGAUUGUGAAUGGAUAGCGACAUUUGUAUCAGACACAAAGUUGACCUGGAGCGGAUGCUGCUUGAUGAAAGUACAGAGCCAACGCGCCUGGCGUUAUCGCUUUUAGAAGACAUCACAAACUGUUUCUCUGAUGAUGAGCAAAUUGGCAGCGGUGGGUUCGCCAUGGUUUAUAAGGGAAUGGUGGGAAAAGGGAUGGUCGCUGUGAAGAAGCUGUCCAACACAUUUGGUGUGCAUGAGAAUAAAUUCUAUAAAGAGGUUGAGUGCCUAAUGAAGGUCAAGCACAAAAACAUAGUGCGUUUCUUGGGAUAUUGUUCCGACACGCAAGGGAGAACUGCAAAUUACGAAGGGAAGUUUGUCAUGGCAGAGCUGCGAAAUUGGUUGCUAUGUUUUGAGUAUGUAACGAAUGGAAGCCUCGAUAAGUAUAUUACUGACGCAUAUCGCGGACUUGAAUGGAGGGAGCGCUAUAAUAUUAUCAAGGGAAUAUGUGAGGGCUUACUUCAUCUUCACGAGAAACGCAUUCUCCACUUAGACCUGAAGCCUGGUAAUAUAUUGGUAGAUGAUCACAUGGUACCCAAAAUUGCUGAUUUUGGUCUAUCAAGGUGCCUUGAUAAAGAGCAAACCCGGGCUUCUACCUUGAACCCAUGUGGAUCGAUGGGAUAUUUGGCACCAGAAUCCUUCGGAGGGAAACUAACAUUCGCAUCAGACAUAUAUAGUCUUGGUGUUAUCAUAAUGGAAAUAAUGACAGGAGAGAAGGGAUAUCCAGAAGUGGAUGUGGUUAAGACUUGGAUGAAUCGGUUGGAGGGAUCAGAUCAAAUGGAGGCACACUUGGAGCAAGUGAGAGUAUGCAUUAAGAUAGGGAUGGAAUGCAUUGACUCGGACCCAAAGAAGAGACCAGUUGCACGGCAUGUAAAGGAUAGGCUUGAUAAAAUCACAAGUACCAUGGAAACUGGCAUCAGUAGUUCAUCAUUUGAACAAGUUAGUCUCCUAAAGGAACAAUGUUGUGAAGAGAAAGUUGCAAAGCUUUCAUCUGAGUACCUUGGAAAGGACAUCAAGGAACAUGCUGAAACAGAAGAACUUGCAAAAUAUAUUGGGGCACCUAAAGAAGAUCAUUGGCAGCAAAUUCGAGAAAAAGCUCCAGGUGAUCAAUGGUCAUUAUGGGGAGCGCAAGAUACAAAUCAAAAUGUCAUCCCACAUUGGCAGCAAGGUCGAGAAGAAGUUCCAGGUGAUCAGUGGCCAUUAUGGGGAGCGCAAGAUACAAAGCGGAUUGACAUCCCACAAGGUGCAAGCAGUUCUAGCUCUAACUCUGGUUUCCUCUACAAGCUAAACAAUUUGGACAUCUUCAACACAAAAGCACGCAGGAACUACGAGCGGUACGGUGGGCUUACAUUGGAGAAGACAAGAACUGUGAGACUUUUCAGAAAGGGUGAGCUCAAACCAUUUUUAAAGGAUAAGAAUUUGAUUGGAAAAGGACGCUAUGGAGAAGUUUACAGGGGACUUGUUGAUGAUUUUGCACCAGUCGUAGUAAGGAAGCUGAUUAGUGGUACUGUGCCGGAGGAUGGGGGACUAUUUCCAAAUGAAGUCGAGAUCCAAUGCCGGGUCAUUCACAAAAACAUCGUUAGGCUCAUAGGUUGUUGCUUGGAAGUUGACACCCCGAUGCUAGUCUAUGAGUUUCUCUCUAGAGGUAGCCUCAGUGACAUUCUUCACAGCAACAAGGUGUCUCUCAACUUGGAUUUGCGUUUAAGUAUUGCUGCAAAAUCAUCACAUGGUUUAGCUUAUAUGCAUUCAAUGGCCAGUAGUAGCAAUAUCUUACAUGGUAAUUUUAGACCAUCAAAUAUACUCUUGAAUGACAACUUUGAGCCUAAGAUCUCAGACUUUGGCAUGUCAAGGAUGGCUGUGCCACACACUGGAAUAGUUGCUGGUGACAUGGUUUAUAUGGAUCCGGUAUACCUACAAACAGGCGUGCUAACCAAACAAGGUGAUGUGUACAGCUUUGGAGUUACCAUCUUGGAGCUUGUUACUAGGAAGAGGGCCAACAGCUUAGUAAGGAUAUUCCUUGAGAAUCACAAGCAGGGUAAGAAAUCAACCGACUUGUUUGAUAAACAAAUUGCGGUGACGGAAGAUUUGGAGCUUCUUGACACUCUGGCAAGAAUUGCUGUGGAAUGCCUCAACCAUGAUGAGGACCUAAGGCCGACAAUGGUAGAUGUUGCAAAGCGUCUAUCUAUACUGAACCGAUCCCGUAAUGUGGGUGGACUAGUUGAUGCAUCUACUAGUGGAGUUUGAACAACAUGUAUGUUGUGUCGAAUAAGCUUCUGAUAGGCACAACUAUAUGUUAACGUGUGAUGAUCGAAGUGUUGCUGUGAAAAAAUCUUUGGAAUGCCAACUGUAAACUGUGAUGAAAGCACGCCCUCUCAGGUCUCUGUCGGAUUGUUGGUUCCACUUUCUAGGAAUUGUGGCUUCCAUUUUAUUCAUACCAUCCAUCCUUAUGAUGCUAGUGAUUAAUUCUUGCAAUGUGUACUACUUGAGUGUUGACUCUGUUCA